AUGCUGCUCAAUAGUGCAGCAGUAGCACGCGGCUGCAGCGCUCUUUCCCGGCGUCGCUGUGGCCUGUUUCCUCGGACGCUCUCAUCUGCUGCGAGUGCACAGCGGAGCAAUGAUGUUCGAUCGUCACAAUCGGUCAGCAGCAGAUGCUGUCUACACCAUCGCUACCGCCGACCAGUUCCACUAUCUCAUUGCGCAGUUCCUUUUGUGUCGGUGUGGAGGUUGAGAAGUACCAGAAGCGCUGGCGGAGGCGUCUCCAGCACCCACAGCAAAGACGACACGUCCAUAAGACCAUCAUUGCCGCUAGGCCAGCCGCGGGCACCCCUCGGCAGUUCAAGUAGUAGCAACAGGAGUGGUAGCUUCAGCAGUGGGAGCGGUGGAGACGGCCUGGAGAGCGAUAGCGCCGUGUUGAGAAUGCUGGGCCCGCGUUGGAGCCCGUAUGGGCGCUUGGCUAGGAUCGACAAACCAGCAGGGACUUUGCUCUUGCUGUUUCCUUGCUGGUGGAGCAUUGCGCUAGCGGCGCCAAUGGGCACUCUCCCUGAUGCCAAGCUGAUGGCCCUGUUCGCCACCGGAUCUGUUUUGAUGAGGUCGGCGGGGUGCACCAUCAAUGACCUGUGGGAUAAGGACUUCGACCGCAAGGUGACACGAACGAAGCAGCGGCCGUUGGCGUCCGGCGAGCUCGGGAACACGCAGGCGAUCGCCUUCCUCGGGGCACAGCUCACGCUGGGUCUGGGCGUGCUUCUCAGCCUGAACAUCGAGUGCAUCAAGCUCGGCUUGGCCGUGAUGCCCCUGGUAGUCGCGUACCCGCUCAUGAAGCGCUACACGGACUGGCCUCAGGCUGUCCUGGGCCUCACCUUCAACUGGGGCGCGAUCAUGGGAUGGGCAGCGGUUCACGGGUCCGCUUCUUGGGAACACGUCUUACCGCUGUACGGCGCGGGCGUAUGCUGGACCCUCGUGUACGACACCCUCUAUGGCCAUCAGGACAAGGCGGACGACAAGCGUCUCGGCAUUAGGUCCACCGCUCUCCUUUUCGGCGACAGAACGAAGCCGAUUCUCGCCGGGUUCGGGACAGCGUCGGUGGGGCUGUUGACGGCCUCGGGAGUGACGGCGGAGCUGUCUUGGCCAUUCUUUGCGGGCACUGCGGCUGCAGGAGGGCACCUUGCGUGGCAGAUUUACUCUGCGGAUCUCGAAGACCCAGCAGGGCUUUUCAGGAUUUUCAGGUCCAAUCAGAAUUUCGGUACCUUGGUAUUCGCGAGCAUCGUAUGCGGGCAUUUCUGAUCGAGGUCAUGGCUGCCGUGAGGUUCGCUUGAUUAGUUAUUAAUAGUGUGUCGCUCAGUGUUUGAUGUGAACCUUUACCGCAUUGCGUUUGUGCUUUCUGCUGUGUGUACGUAAGUAAGUAUACACCUUCGUGCGGCCUAUUGAGAUGGGCUAUAACAAUAACACAAUCCUAAUCCUCCACAUUUUGCUUCAGGUUUGGACGUCAGCGUGCGUAGAUGACGUUGGCACUCGUAUGUAGGAGCUCAACAAAAAUUGUGCUCUUUGGCAGCCAUCAAGUUCCGUCCCCGACAGAAUAGUAGUGACGAAAAAGUGACCUCUACGAUCACAGCCAGUCAGUGGUGGUAUACGAGCUUCGCCGGUGACCAAUAUUUCUGUGCCUGGUAUCCAGAACCCAACCGUACCGCGACAACAGGCAAUCUGUUUUAU